UACCAGCCUCACACACACACACACAUACAUAUACAUUCACGUCGGCUCCCCUGUUGUACUUUGUGGAAUAGUGGAUUACUUUCUAAACUGAGCCACUCAUCGAGCAAAUCCAGGCAUGUUCAGGUGGCAGCGUGUCAAAGCGGUGUUGAACUGUGAAAUGAACCAUGGAGGGCUCUGGGAGGCCAGUCACUAGCCGAGCCAACAGCCGCAGGAGAAGCAGUAGCCUGGGGAGGCCCCGCAGCAUGCAGCUGGGCCCUCAAUAGCACCAAGUGGACCCGGUCCUCUCCUCUUCAUCUGGGGCCAGGGCUGCAGAAUGCUCAGUCCUGUCACCCCAUACAGUUUGUUGAAGAUGCACUGGUCCCCGGAGCACGCCGCCCCCUUAUCUCAGUGGCCUGAGCAGCACCUAGAUGUCACCUCUACCACCUCACCACCGUCUGCCCACAAACACGACCCCUAUGCUACAGCUGCUCGCCGCAGCUAUGCCCCUGCAGGUUACCCUUGGGCAAGUGAUGACAUAUCUGCCCUUACUGCUUCUUCUCUGCUCAAACGCUAUGCUGAGAAGUACUCAGGCUUGGAGCUGUCCUAUGAACGCCCCCCUACAGGGGCAUACUCAGAGCCUGGAACUUUCCUAAAAACUGAAUCUGAGCCAUGGGCUCUGGGUCAGGGCAUGGAAUGUUACCCUGGACUAGAAGCAUUAACUGGCACAAAGGUCGGCUCUGCAUCAGUGGGCAUCCCAGCCACAGGAAGUGUGACAGUAGUGAGCAGUAACUUGGCCUCCGAGCCAGGCUACAGUGGCGCUGGCUCCUGUAGUACCCCAUCAUCUCAGGAAUAUCCUCCUGCCUACAACAGCACCUACCUGUCCUCAGGAUACUGCCCUCAGCCCAGCGCAGCACUUCCGCCUGCCCCCCUACACCCUUUGCAGGCCGCACCUACUCUUGUGCCCAGCUACAGCGCCAGCACUCCAGUCUACAACUAUCCUCCAGGCUGCUAUCCCCAAACCAGCCUGUCGUCUGGAUACAGCCACCCCAGUGCCUCCUACCUUCCCCCUGGGAUUAGUGCCCCCACUCCUCUGGCCCCUAGGCCGACAAUGGUGGGGGGCAGUUACAGCUACCCAUCUCACAGCCUUGGAGGGAGCUCCGAUGGAGGGGUGCCACUGAAACGUAAGGCCUUUGAGAUGGCAGAGGAAGGACAGGAGGCUGGAGAGGUGGAGGGAUCACGCUACAGAAAGUAUGGCAAUGGCCAUGGAAACAGUCAUGGCAAAGGGCACGGUAAUGGCUACGACAUGAGCGGUUCGGCCUCGGACCCACAGGCCUACAAACCAGGAAAGCCCAUGAUGUCACCCCCUUAUGGCGGGGCAGGAGACUACAGCCCACCAUCAAGCCUAGCAGGAGAGAGCGUGUCAGGGGAGCACAACUUUCCUCAGCAACAGAGAAUGUCUAUGAAGAUACCCGCAUCGCACACACGAUCUGAGGACUCCACUGCAGGGCGCUGACAACACUGGUUGGACAUGAGAGGAUUCUUGCGCUCUUUGAAACCAACCAGGGUUCUCAAUCAUGACAGCCUUGGGGGGAAUAAAGUUGGAUUUGUCAAUGAAAGGUUUAGUUUCACUAACAGACACAAGAGGACACAAGACUGGGAUUUCUUGUGCAUCUUUAACAUUUUCAUUAUUAAUGUUUUUCCAAAGAUUCACAGGGGCAUUUUGCUCUGUAAGGUUAGGGUAAGUUUUAGGGGUUAAGGUAAGGCAUUCUAAACAUAACUAGCGUUAAGACAGUCUAAACGUGUGAGUGUCUGUUUCUCUCAGGAUCCUAUUUAUUUCCUCUCUGCUACUGCGGCAGCAGCACUGCAAUGUUGCUGCUUUAGAAAUUGGUGUAAUUAUUUGUGGCCAUUAUGUAUGCAAAAGGCCUUUGACUGCAAUACGUUCUACCACAAAAAUCAUUACCGACCAAAAAGUAAGGAGAGCAAUAACUGAAAUGGUGAGGUUGCCAUAGUACUUCAGCACAAUCACUGCUUCUUUACACAGCUCUUUAAGUCUCUAACUCUAAGGCUUGGUCUGUCACCUGGCCUCGAGAAAUGAAUGUUUUCCUGCUCAGCACUCGCUUUCCCCCCAAACUUGACUUGUCUUUUCAGUUUCCUUAACCUCUUCUUGUCAUGGUCUUUAUCAUAUUCUAUCCUGGGGUCCUGCUUCUUGUUCUCAACCUUUUUCAUUACUGAACAACUUUUUAUUUUUGUCCAGUUUAUACAUAACAAGCUGCUUAUCAAAUGAUUACAUAGUAUACAUGAAGCCGCCCUCUAAAAUAGUUUUGAUGUAAAGAAAGAGUGGGGAAAUGAAUCGAAGAUUUUAUGUUCAUUUGUUCAAACGUAUUAAGCGUUCACUCAAUGACAGUAUAUAUGCAGACAGUCUUCAAAGCGUGUUGUUUACUUGCAGAUUUCUGCUGAUCCUAAACCUAGCAGGUAUAUUUUCAAAAAAUCUGUUAAUAACAGUGCAACUUACACCUUAAUACUCAAAGUAAAAAGAAGUAAUGACUAUACAAAUCAACCAAUCAACCAAAAAUCAAACAGCAAUGUAGAAGUUUGCAUACUGCUAACAUUCACUCAGAGAAGCUUAAAGGCACGUAAGCCUGUUUUUAUCUUCUGUUUGGAUGCACAGCCCAGACUGAGAGGCAUACAGAUCUCAAUGGAGGAUAAAUGCUUCUGAGUGCCUCAAAUAAUUGUCGCUUAACAUUACAUUCUUGAUGAAGAUCCACCUGCCCGUCUGCAACAGGAUUUACUUCUUUUUAAUAUGCAUUCUCUUUACUUUUGCCUCUCAAAAGGAUGAUUUAUAGUCGUGUUAUUGAAUACUCAGGAAAAAUAUUGUUACCUCAGAAUGAUAAAAUAAGAAUGUAUGUUAUUACCUUAGGGUGUUUGUAGGGAGCUUUAUGGAGCAAGAUGAAAACAGAGCCAUGGCUUUUAUUAAGAGCAAAACAUACUCUGAACACUUCAGGGAAACAAUGAACUUACAAGGCCUUUGAUACUAGUAGAAAAUGCACAUACACACACAUACAUGCACACCUACACACACACACACACACACACACACACACACACACUGCUUCUUAGCUCUGGGAAAAUUAAACUUGAGGUUUUUUGUACCAAGGCCUGAAAUGUUGAAUGUAAUUCAGAUAUUUUUUUUAAAAGGACAAUACAUGCCAUAAUGUACAUCAAUGGUGUUUUUAGAUAUAUGAAACAUAUUUUCUUCAUGUAUAGAUGUAAUUCUCUUCUAGGUUUUGGUGGAGAAUUGAAUGACAUGUUAAGUGUUAGUGUAGUUAGCGGUGGGAAAACGGUUUUUGUGGACAAACUGUCAAAAACAAAGCACUCCUGAUAAACAACUUUUGACAUAUCAAGACGUACACAUGCUACAGUAUAUGCUUUAUAAUAGGUGUUUAUUAAAUGUCUUAAUAAAGUGUCCAGUCUCCAUUUUCCCAUAUCAGUAUUUUAAAACUGCUGACAGUGUCACCAGGCAAUCAGCUUGAUUUUAACUCUAACAUGAGGCCAUGAAGAAGGGAGAAGUUAAAAAUUUACCAAGUAUGUGCACUGUCAGAAACUAUGUACAGUUACAGCCGUAAACAUUUGUUUUUUUGCCAAGUUGUAGCUUUGUUGCUCCUCUAUGUCACCCCUUCAUCAGUUGUGCCAUAUUAUUAUUUUGUUAAAAUCAAACAAAAGUCUUGCCUAAAAGCCUGCCCAGAGUGGAUCCCCUUUAAUAGUAAGAUUUAGGCUGAAAUGCAGCUUCAGAUUUAGUCUGAAAUUAAAUGUGAUUAAAAGUAUUUUAAUUUGGAAAUAUAAGCACAUUCAUAAAAUUGAACUUGAAUUAAGAAUGUGGUUGAGUGUGAAAAAUAAACCUCACACAAAGAUUUAGCUUCAAAAAAAUUCUGGAGAAAAGAAAACAGAUUAAAGAAAAGGUGUUACACAAAUAAUAUUGUUUGUUACCCCCAGAUUAGUAUUUCAGCGCUUAGCUACAACAAUUGAAUGCUCUUCAAUGCCACACAAAGAAUGUGCAUUACAUUUACCUACACACUGCAACAAACGACAGUGUUUGCUGUUUCUUGGUGUUACUCUGAUUCAUUGAAGUAAGUGGAGUUGAAUUUGUCCAGCUGAUGGCAAAUGGCAUUUCAGUGUUAUCUCUGUUAUCCAGUUGUACUUUUGUUGUAUCUUGUACAUUCUCUGUAACCAAUUCUACCUCAUUUUGAAGACAUUGUACAUGGAAAUAUUUAUUUCAUGUCAUUUCACAUGCCAGUUUAACGAGCAAUGCUUCUAACUCUUGACCUGUUAUAGUCUACCUCAUUAAAGACUGUUGUGUCAUGGAAAUGAAGAUA